AUGGUCAAAUUCGUUGAUCUUGAUUCUCACAUUACAGAACAAAGCCCACAUGAUUUUCGAAAGAUCAUUGAAAAACAAUUCAAAGAUAAUCAUGUAAACACAAUGGAUAAAUCAACACGAAUACGACGAGUGACAUGCUCAAAUCAACGUGUUGAUAUUGUCGAGAUAGAUUAUCAUGCAGGAAAUUACACGAAUAAAGCAAAUUUACAAAAAGGUCCAACUACCUUCACUUUUCUGCUUUAUAGACGUGAUAUUAAAAAUAAUCCAGAAAUUUAUGAAAAUGACUAUCCAUUAAAUACAUGUGGCUGUCUCGGAUAUAAAUGUGCACAUCGAUAUGUAUGCUGUUCGAUUUCGUAA